AUGUGCUUCGGAGCGAAAGGAAGGACGAUCGUUACUGGAGACGGGCUCGGCCACAUCAAGGUGUACAACCAAGCUAACUACACCGAGCUCAAGAACUACACGUACGCCGAGUGCAAGGGAAAGGCCCACGAAGGCAACGUUCGAGCUCUCAUCUUGGUCGAGGAACACUCCCUGCUUAUCUCAGCCUCAAGCGAUCGAUCAAUCUCGAUCCACGAUGAAUCGAAGCGGGAUGGCGGUGCGUUGUUGCGGCGAAUCACCAACGCCUCUUGGUCAGAGAUCACGGUUCUUCGGUACAGCUCCCACCUAGGUCUCAUCGCUUCUGGCAACACCGACGGCUCCAUUCAGCUGUGGAACUUCGAGCAAGCCCGACACGAGGGGUGUUGCGAGGAGCUGCACCAGUACCCGGUAACGUGCCUGGCUUUCCUGGACCCCUUUCCGAUACUCCUGUCCGCCGACGCUGCCGGUCACCUGUCGCUGUGGCCUGUUCCACCGGCCAGGGUGGGGCUCAGGUACAAGCGUAUAUUCACGUGGAUCAACAAACAGCCUGUCUCGGACCGCAUGUACGGUGGAGGGGGCCAGGCUGACGGAGAGACACCGGUCGCCGUCACUGCCUUAGAGUGCCAGGGACGUAGUAAGAGGCUCGUAGCCUUUGCGAACAGGUUGAGGAUGGAAAGGCCCGAGAAGGGUCGAGGGUACCUUCGAGCAAGGUGA